AUGAUUUUCUUGUUAUUUAUAUUAUUUCCACUCUCCGUUCUCUCUUUUGCUCCUUUCCAUCCACCACCACCACCACAUGGUCACGGUCAUCACCCAUUUCCAUCAGCAUUAAUUCGAAAUGUUUCUGUUCCCGCACGUCGCCAAUUCUUUCAAAUAAUUUCCUCAAAUGUUACAAAAGAACAAAUUGAAACAAAAUUGACUGGUUGGGCUAAAGAUAAUGGGUUACAAACAGAAUAUGACAAUUACACACAAACUGUUCAACAACAUAUGAAAACUUCUUAUGAUAAUUUGAAUAAAUGGCUGGCUGGAUCAGCAUUGACUUUGUACAACAAACUUUGGGUAAAAGACUUGGAUCUUAAAAGGAAUAUUUUAUUAUAA